AUGUCCGGCCAAACAAUAACCAUCAACUAUACCCCCGAGGGCCGUCUCUCCCUCCUGGAUGCCACCACCAAGCAACCCCUCUACCACGUCAAGGUCAGCCGGCAGACGCCGCAGAUCGAAAUGAUCCGGCUAACCGGCCACGAGGAGACGGGCGCCUUCCCCGAUGACGCCGACGCCUACUUUGCGUCCCGCGUCUGCACCGCUCAGUUCAAGAUAACGAGCCUAGACGUGAAGAUGCGCAUCCGGGAGCAGCGCGACGUAGAGUUGAAGCGGAAGAAGGUCCUGUCGACCAGCUACACGUUUGUGUCGCCCUCGCUGUCGGCGGGGUCCCCGGAGUCUUUAACCUGGGAGGCCGACUCGGAGAACAAUGCGGUCGGCAAUUUCAAGCUAGUGGUCGAGGGUCAGGGCACCGUGCUAGUUCGUUUUCGCAAUGCGACCUUUUCCACCGAGCAGGUUGGCACGUUCGAGGUGGCCAGUGGCCUCGAUCAGCUGGUCAAGGAUGAGGCGGUCAUCUCCGGUCUGGCGAUGCUAACCAUGAAUCAGAGUUUCCAUCUAGCCGGGAUGAUCAUGUUCAAGAGCCCUUGA